GAAAGACCACGUACCCACUAACCUAAACGGCGAAUACGAUGCCUAGGAAGAAUACGGCGGCCGCCGCGUCUUCCGCGACAACCGUCCCGUCCUCCGCGACAAUUGCUGCGUCCUCCGCAACAACCGUCCCGUCCUUCGCGACAACUGUCCUGUCCUCCGCGACAACCGUCCUGUCCUCCGCGACAACCAUCCCGUCCUUCACGACAAACACCGCCUCAUCGUCGUGGAGUAUCAUCCAAUCGCCGCCGAGCACGUUGGCGCCGAUCGUCAGCCGACAGCCUGGCAGCCCGCUCAGCCCCAGCGAUCGGGCAUCUUAUAUCGACACGAUGCGUUAUCUCGAAUCUGAGAACUCGCGGUUGAAGCGGGAAGUGCAAACCACGCAGGAAACUUUCACUCGGGAAAUGUCCAACAUCGAAACCGUACUCUCUAACAAGCGGAAGUUGCUCGACGAGGCGGACACAGAACGCGUCAAGUUUGAGCUCAAUAUCAAACGCUUGCGGAAUGAUAACGAAGAUCUCAAGAACAAAUUGGAGAAGAAGACAAAGAAUUUGCAGAUAGCAGAACGAAAUGCAAUGAUACAUGAAAAAUGCUCCUGUGAUUUGCAAUCAUGGGCGAAGUGCAAGACACUUACGGAGAUAGAAAGUUCAAAGCAAUUGAAAGUAUUGCUCACUUUUAAACAUUGGAUGAAGGAGCGAGACGAUUUUGCAAACGUUAUCAUAUCACGUGUCUUGUGCGUAUCGUGGAAAAGCCCUAUAGAGGGAAGCAUAUUUCUGCCGCAAACAUCGGCAGCAUACAUGCAAACACAGAGAAGCAUGAAUUGUAGCGAUAUUAUUCAUCAGGCAUUGCAGGAGGUUUUGUAUAUGUUUUCGAGAGGGGAGGAUCCUUUGAUAGACGUGUCAUCUGGCUGUGAAGACAGUCCGAAUAGUCAAGCGAGUCCUUUGUUAAGUCUUGUGGUGGCUUCUUCAUCUUAUCAAUUACCGACGAUAUCAUUACUAGGCGACAGUUCAUUAGAACCGAAAAGUUUUACUUAUUUAUUAGAUUGUUAUUCAAGGAUUGCAAUUGAAGAAAGAAAUCAUGAAAAGCAGUCCUGUCUACUUCUCUCUGAAACUCUCUACGAAGUAGUGGCAAUUUUGAAAGCGCAAUGUGUUCAGUAUUCCAGCCUCGUUCUACAAGGGUUAAUCGGCAUUUGCCAAACUGCUGUCAUACCUAAAUGCACCACUUAUCUUUUCAAUCGGAUAUUAUUGCAGAACUUACCUCGGGGCUAUCUUCGCGAGCUCGUGGCUAGGACACACACGAAUCCGAACAUAUUCGAUAACAUUUUCACUCCAGUCUUGCAAGGCCUGUAUGACGCGAUACAGAAGGCGAGCUUAUACAACAAAACGCAAAGACCAAUCGAGGCGCUAGCCGAACUGAUAGAGAUUCGCUGUGGACCAAACAGCAAUAUACAUCCGAUUUGUCGUUUGAUAACGAAUCAAGUUCAAUUCUUGCCUGAUGUUAUGACAUCAGCAGCCGGAAGAGAGCUCUCGAGAACCUCACUCCUGGGAUGGUUUCUCUCGGCAUUGGUAUUUGCCGAAGUGCAACCGAAACUGCUGGAGGGAUUCUUCAAUAAAACUCCUGUCACGAACAAAUCGAUGAUUUUCACGCUGCAGCUAGGGUUGGAGAAUACCAGAACGUCAUUGCACAAGAUGUUUGAUACAAUACUCGCGAAUAGCAGCUGCCGCGAUGCCACUCUUGUGUACUUGGCGGCGUUGCUACGUCACAACGAGAAACGCGCGCAAAUACAGACGGAGGACAGUCCCUCCUUGGCCGGAGAUGGAUUUAUGUUGCAUCUACUAUCGAUUUUGCAAAUGCUCUCCGUGAAGAUCAACCUGGAUACUGUAGACCCGCUAUAUCCAUUUCAUCCAUCCAAUUUCGUCGAGAUAAAGAACGACACAAGACUGAAACUCACUUUGCAAGAGGUUGCGGAAUGGCAGAAACAUUUGGACAGCACACAUAAAUGGACGGAACCGAAGUUUCCGACACAAUGUUGGUUCCUCACGCUGCAUUGUCAUCACAUUGCGCUGUUACCGGCGUUGCAAAAUUAUCGGAAAAAAUUGUACGCCUCAAAGAAUUUACAAAAAAUGCUCGACGAACUGCAAGCUACAGAAUCUCAAUGGAAAGAUGAUCCUUUAGCGGAGCACAAUAAAGACUUGAUCAAACAAUGGAAGCAACAGUUGAAGCAACUGGUUACAUUCAAAUUAUGUGCAGAGGUAGCUCUGAUACAGCAAAUUUUUUUGGAAAGAUGCUUAGGCUUUUAUAUAUUGGUCGCCGAAUUUUUGCUGAGUCUUCUAACGCAGACUGCUCCGGAUCAUUUUCUUCCCGAACUUCCGUUACCUCAAGAAGUUAUAUGCAAAUUCACCGCAUUACCAGAAUGGUACAUAGAAGACAUAGUGGAAUUCUUGUUAUUCAUAUUCGAAUUCUGCCCAAUUCGGUUUGAUAUAGAUAUAUCGUCGCUUAUCACUUUGUUACUUGUCGUCGUGUGUACGCCACAUUGUAUACGAAAUCCGCAUCUUAUUGCAAAAAUCAUCAAGUUUCUUUAUAAGAUUCAGGUAGGAGUUUGUACACGAGGAACUUUUGGGCACAAAUUCAUGGCACAUCCUAUAUCCAAGACAUUUCUGGCGUCGUAUCUCAUAAAGUUUUAUACCGACGUUGAAACCAUUCACAUUAGUUCCGGAUUUAAGGAUAAGUUUACAAUAUGUUAUCACGUAAGUGUGAUUUUAAAUUCGUUAUGGCAUAGCCCGAUGCAUCGAGCGUCUAUCGUCAAUGAGAGUAAUAACGGCAAGCACUUCAUCAAGUUUAUCAACAUAUUGAUGAACGACAUCACCUUCCUGCUGGAGAAGAUUUUGGAACAUCUGAAGUAUAUACUCGAGGUGGAGGAAUUUAUGUCCGACACUAUCGCGUGGAAUGCUAUUUCGCAGGAGCAACAACAAUCGAGAACGAGACAGCUGGCGGCAAACGAGGAACAAGCCAGAUUCUCUCUUAAAUUAGCCAAGGAAAUAGUUGCCAUGUUUCAUUAUUUAACAGUCGACAUUAAGGAACCGUUUCUACGACCGGAAUUAGUCGGACAAUUGUGUGCCAUGCUGAAUUUUCAUUUGCAACAGUUGUGCGGAUCUAAGCCUGAAAAUUUGACAGUGAAAAAACUGGAAAAAUACGGAUGGCAACCGAAGAAGUUAUUCAGUCAAUUGAUUGAUAUAUAUUUACAUCUUGACUGUGAUAAUUUUGCGGCUGCUUUAGCCAGUGAUGAACAUUUGUUUUAUAACGAGUUAUUCACCGACGCUGCGAAUGAAUUAGAGAGAUCCGCCAUUAAAACUACGACGGAAAUUGAGAGUUUCGUAGCUCUCGCUGAGCGUGCGGCGGUAAUCGCAAGAGACAAUCGCGCACGUGGCGACGCUCCUGAAGAAUUUCGGGAUCCAUUGAUGGACACUCUUAUGGAGGAUCCAGUCAAGCUACCGUCUGGUAUUGUUGUGGACAAAGCAGUUAUCAUUAGACAUUUACUCAACAGUGCCACGGAUCCUUUUAAUUGGCAGCCGCUUAGCGAAGAUAUGCUUGUGCCAAUGCCCGAUUUGAAAGAAAGAAUAUCAAUAUGGAAACAACAAAAGCAACAGUGCUAAGGUGACAAGAAUUAUGCA